AUGAGAUCACUCACAGUAAAUGCUGCUGCUUACAACUGUAUCUUCAUCUCUCUCAACUCUGUCAUUACAUCUGAUCUUCAGAUCAGCAGUUCUUCUCAUCUCUUUCUCAGAUCAGUCUCUGACUUUAAACAGCACAGUCUCUUUCUUUGCUUGUCUUCUACAGCUCUGUUUCUCAUCAAUGGUUCUCGCGCCGCGGCACAUUUCCACAAUCUCAUUGUCAAUGAGAGAUGA